AUGUACAAUUUAUUCAAAUCACGUUUCUUUUUAAUAUAUUUUAACCUUUUAUGUUUUUUCAUCGCAACGUUUUUAUAUGUUGAAAACGUUGAUGCCUAUACUACGUUUACUUAUACAGAGAAAGAAGAAGUGAAUGUCACAUAUAAUGAAUACUUUACAUUUGGUGGUGACACAAUAGGUUUAAGGGUAACGCGACAAAAAAACGAUACGUGCCUCGAGCCAGAAAUAACCCUAAGACUACUCGGUUCAAUUGGAAAUGUUACUAAAGUCACAUUGAAUUAUGAAAUCCCAGAAUUUAAUUUUUGUGUUCAAAAUUAUCAUUCUUCUACACUUUCGCUUCAUCAGCUUGACAACAAACAUCUCAUCGCCACAUAUCUCGACACUGAUGAUUUUACGACUUUUAUACGUAAAGGAAUCGUCUUUACAUUGGAUGGAGAAGUCGUAGGAGAUUCAAUAACGUUAACACCAGAAAUGUCAUCUCAAAUAAAUUCGUAUAAUGAUCUUACGGGGCACUUUCUUGGUAGAAACGGAUUUCUGUUUAUUACUUCAUACAAUGAAAAAAAUUUUAUCGCAUGGACGCAAUUAAGUCAAUUUGAUCAAUAUGGAAAUUUUCAAAUUUUACGAAAUGGGACUCUUAAUGAAGAGAAUACACAAGCCAAUGUUUUUCCAACGGUUGAUGGUUCAUUUGCACUUGCAUAUGUAGCAAAUCAUACAUAUUCUACAGACAAUAUAUCGGUUGCCAUGUUUGUUGAUCCUCAAUGGACAGUACAAGUGUCAUUUCUACGAUUGGAAGCCAACAUAUUUACACCCUCAUUCUUAUUAUAUCAAACCGAGUUGAGAUUAACAUCUAUAUCUAUAAAUACAUGCUUUAGUUUUUAUGAUACACUUGGAUAUGGGUGCCUCUUACAAUUUUCAUCAGACACAUCUGGAACUCCUACUAUGGUGAUCCAAAUAUCUUUCUUAUCGUCAGGCGCGAUCACUGACAUCACAAAUAUGCAUCAAUUUCUUAAUGAUAGUAGUCCCGUAACGACAAUAUAUCCGCUCUUUUACGGGGGAUAUCUCGUUAUGCUAUCAAAACCAAAUCAAACGAGUCCAUAUAUAGAAGGUGUUAUUUAUGAUGUUAACAGAGCUCGUAACUCGACUUUAAACUUUCCGAAUAACGUCCCAAUCACCUAUGUGUCUGGUAUUUUUGGAAACUAUAGUUUUUGGUCUCUUUCAAACAGCACAACAAAAAAUUGGACAAUCGUCACAACUGAGCUUCCACGUUUUCUUCCUGAACAAGGUUAUCUUAACACGAAGGUUGUAACCACUUACCCAGCCAUCAAUGAUACAGUUCAAAGUGGAACUAAAACUAUUAACAUUACAUUUACGGACACGAUUAAAUUUUCCACGAGUUUUAUAUCCAUUAUCAAAUAUGAUGAUACGGGUGAACUCUUUCGUCAAUUUGUCUUCGCAAAUACUCGAUAUUGUCGGGUGUUGGAAGAUAAUAAAACUGUAUCAAUCACUGUAUUGAAUAGCACUUUCGAUCAGCCGGGUGCCUAUUACGUGCAAGUAGAGGAUAAUUUUGUUGUGGACUACAUUCUAGAAGAACCGAUGCAUGGCAUUGUAGAUCACCGAUGGUAUUUUAACACAAUACAACUGACAACGGAGAAUUUGCAGGGAACUCAAAUAUACAAAAACUCCAAUCAUUCCGAAAGGAAUGACUUUUAUGACUUUUUAUUAACCGCGUUGUCAAUAAUUACACCGAUCGAUUCAUCGAGAUUAUCGCCUAUUUACGGAUUCCAAUUCCAAACGGAUGCUCCAAGCGAGCAAAUAUUACUUUCGGUCAAAAUUUUGGCUGGAAAUGCGUCACAAAUUACAGUCAAAAAAGCUGCAGAUAAUAUAGACGAAUUGAUUCGCAAUAAAGAUAUUAGUACAAUAGGUACUAUGCCUCCAACAUCAUAUCUCGAUGAUACAUACGGAUUCAGUAUUUCUCCAAAUUUCUGGGAUAAAUAUAAAGUGCAAUUGAUAGGAGUACUGCUUGGGUUUGUCGUUAUCGUGGGAAUUUAUCUCUUUGCUAGACGAGCGUAUCCUUCGGGCAAUAAUUUAGCAAUCUUUCAAUUUGUUAUUAUCAUCGUCGAUUUUGUGUUUGAUGUUCUAUUUAUUAAAUUCAAUGGCAAAGAUGUGCCGAGAUUAUAUUUGCCAAGUGUUAUUAUCCUGACUGCUUCGAGUGGGAUUAAUAUAUUCCUUGCUAGUUUUAUAAUCGCUCGCGAGAAUCAUGUCAAUUUAGAUUUUCAUCAAUGGUUCGCAAGAUAUGGAAGAAUAUGUUCAUUUUUCACGGUUUUGUCGACUGCUGAUAUCGAAGCAUUGAACAUUUUGUCAUCGAAAUUCGCUGGUUUAGAUUUUCUUAGUGCUGUUUAUUCGGAACAAGCACAGAAAUGGCUUUUUUGGGGUUCUGUUGCUGGAUUGUUGAUUGAAGAUGUUCCUCAACUUAUAGUUCAGGUGAUAUAUCGUCUAAAUGUGAUCACGUGGGAUAUUGUGCCAUUUGUCGUAAUUUUUUCAGGUGCAAUUAUCGUGUUCGUGAAAUUACUUGAAAAAAUAUUUUUCGCUAUCCAAGUUUGCAAAAAACCGCGACAUCAAUUAGCACCCACACAUUAUUUGAACGAAGAACACAUAAUCGCUUAUCCAGACUACAGAAUGCCAGCUAAAGAGGUGGAUCAAUCCGAAUCUGAUACAGUUGUGAUGACAGAAACAGAUUCGAAUACAGUGAUCUAA